AUGGAGCUUAAUACAAUGGUGCCUUUACACUUUAAAGUUGGCUUCACGAUCAGUAUCUUUGAAUGCGUGGCAGGCGUUCUCCUCAAUUCCUUCAUCGUGAUGGUGAAUUUCUUGGACUGGAAGCAAGGCAACAAACUGAGUCCGUGCGAUAAGAUCCUGGCACUCAUAGCUUUCAACAACAUUUUCCUUCAGUGUGACAUGAACGUGUAUACAUUUAUCUUCAUAGUUAUUCCUGCGAUGGUCGAGGACCAUGCCAUCCACUCAACUAUCUCAGUGUUCCUUCUCUUCCAGUUUUACUACAGCUUCUGGAUGACCUCUUGUCUCUGCUUCUACUAUUGCCUGAGCAUUGUUAACUUCAAACAUACGCUCCUAAUUCGCAUGAGACAGAGAAUCCCAAUUGUGGUCUCAAGUCAGUUGUUGGUGUCAGCGGUGGCUUCCUUUGCCAUUAGUGUUCUGUCCAUCUGGAAUAUUGAGAUAGAACAUUUUAAGCAAACAGACAAUAGCACAGCCAAUCCUUCCAAAAAUACCAAGAUGUCCAUUGAGAUAACUCCUGUUUAUAGAGCCAUAACCAUUUUCUCUGGCUGCUGCUUGCCUUUUUGCAUAGCAGUUCUCUCGGCUGCUCUUGUCCUGGUGUCUCUGUGGUCGCACACAUGGAGCAUGAAACAGAACUCUGGAAGUUUUAGCGUUUCCCAUAUCGAAGCUCACAGGAGGGCAGCCGGAAUAAUAAUACUUCUUACGCUCCUGUUUGCAGUUUUCUAUGCCGCGGAGGUCACUCUAUUGUCCUCUUCGAUGGCUUUCCAAACAUUCUGGGAAUUCGUUUCACUCUUCUUUGUUUUAAUCUACCCCACAGCUCAGUCCUUCGUUCUCAUCCUAGGGAACACAAAACUCAGGAGAACGUGCAGGCAGAUAUGUCACUGCUCCUAA